AAUAAAACCCAAUUCUUUUCCCGCCAACGCUCUUCCAAACCCUCCCCAUCGUGACUCGUCUUCUCUCUCUCUCUCUCUUUCUCUCUCUUUCUCUCUUGAUCUCUCCAAUCUCCACUCUUCUGUGUUCAUCUCACAUCUAGUGCCUCUACCCAAGUCCAGAGCAAGAUAACAUAUACUUGUAACUAAGGUUGCAGUUCAAAAAGUUUUCUUUUUACAACAUAUCUUGCAUCAUUGUGACAAUUAUUGAAAACAGACAGCUGUUCUACAACCAAAUAAUUCUGCCACGACCAAUCUAAGCAAUAAAUAUCCCGGCCGGUACCGAUAUCAUACACAACAAUGUCGACUCUCGCACAGGCAAUUUCCUACAUCACCGGGUUCUUCACCCCUCUCACCGUCUCAGAGUCUCCGGCUACAGACUCCCACAUCAUCGGACUUAGGAAGCCCAUAGAAGCCGGCGAGAGCUACUUUCCUGAGGCUGGCGGGGUUGCCGUUUCCCGACGAUCAUCUGUAUCUUCUACCUCGACAGGCUCCGACGAGUUGCGCCCCGUAACCCUCGGACGAUCGCACACUGGUCUCAACCCACUCGACCCAAUGUCCCGUGACUUUUCCAAACCAACCGAGGAGAUUGAUGUCGCCAAGCAGCUCUCCCUUGAGCCUCGCAAGUUCUCUUUGCACCACUCUCUCAAGCAAGCAAAGGAACGGGUUGUUGCCAUCGAUGAUGCCGAGACCAAGGCUAAGAAGUUGGCCGCAGCCAAGGCCGAACUCCUUGCACUCGCCGGAAAGGCCUAACGACCCUUUUCCGACUGAUUGUUUUCCAGACACGAAAACUGUGCGACCCUAUCAGCACCAUGUUUCCAGUACACGUUGAUAUUUCUUGAAAGGGCCUGCAUUUCAGGUCUUGCACUAUACCCACAGGGAGGCGAUAAUAAGGCGUAACGGAUAAUUCGGUUCAAUUUUCAUGGUGUUUCAACGGAUCCAAAACUGGCAAAAGUGCCGAUUCUUUCUCCUGCAGAGUUCAGGGUUUUGUUUGAGCGAAUGCAACAGC